AUGGAGAAAGAUAGGAAGAGGAAGCGGAAGAGAGUGGAGAAUAAUAGGCAGGUUAAAGAAAAAGGAGCGGUGGAGGUCCUGGAGGAAAAGGAAGUUGCGGUGGCGCCGCCUCCCACGGAGGCGGAGGUGGAUGAGUUUUUUGCCAUUCUAAAGAGGAUGCGCGUUGCCAUCAGGUACUUUGAGAAUACUUCUGCUAGGAAUAAUUCAUCUCACAGUAGUGGCCAGGAACAGAAGCUAGCGGCGUCAGUGGAAGAAGUUAACGGCGAUAAGGUUGGUGAAAAGAAUGUGAAAAAUGGUGGUAUAGAUUUAAACACUAUUCCCGAACCCGAAAAUAAUAUAUAA